AUGUCGGUGCAACGGUUAUUGUUUCUACAUGGGUUUUUGCAGAAUGGCAAGUUAUUUAGUGAGAAGUCAUCUGGAAUCAGGAAGUUGCUUAAAAAGAGUAAUAUUCAGUGUGAUUACAUGGAUGGGCCGGUAGAGUUGGAGAGGGGCCAGUUGCCCUUUGAGGUGGAGGAUGAUAGAUGGGAGGCUACUGUUGAUGCGAAUUUGAACAGGGCAUGGUUCUACCAUAGUGAUGUUUCGCGGGAGUUGGAAGUGGGUGAUGCGAUUGCUAGAGUUCGCGAGUAUAUUCAGCAGAAUGGGCCUUAUGAUGGUAUAGUUGGGUUUUCUCAGGGGGCUGCGUUGUCUAGUAUUAUCACGAAUAAGAUCUGCGAGCUUGUUCCAGGGCAUAAGCCUUUUGAUGUUAGCGUUAUUAUAUCUGGUUAUGCCUUUACGGAACCAGGCGAUGAGGGUGAUGCAGGGCAAUUCAAGAUUACUCAGAGAUACCAAGAUUGCUUUAAACCGAGAGAUGGCUUUAACACCAAGAUUCUGUGUGUUUAUGGGGCAGCUGAUAUGGCAGUACCAGCGGAAAGAUCAAAGUAUUUGAGUGAGAUAUAUACUUUAGCGUAUGGUGAUGAGCAGGUGAAGGUUUAUGAGCAUCCUGGGGGGCAUAUGGUUCCAAAUAAGAAGGAUAUCAUUAGGCCCGUUGUUGAAGAAAUUAAUAAAGCUCUCCAUAAUACAUCUAGUGGGUAA